UUGCAAAUUUAAAGAAUUAAUUUUGGAGAGCGACUUAAAAAAUGUAUAUAUUUAGAACGCCACUAAACACUUUACUAAAUCUGUGAACAUUAACUUAUCCCGGCUAGUGUUCGUGGUUUUUAUUUAUAGACUUGCAGAGAGCGAUUCCAUGCCAUACACAUGUAUAUUUUGAUCAUGUCGGAAGACUGAUGGCAUGGGAAACGCUCAGUCCGCUCUGAAUCGCCAAAUGGCCAACAACGCGCGUAUCGAACACACGUCCUCCGAGGGACAUGAAGGGGAUGCCACCUGCGUUGCGUAUUUCGACGGGCAGCUGUUCUCCGGAGGCGCCGACGGUAAAAUCCGAAUUUGGUCACCGGAAUUGCAACUACUAGCCACUGUGAACGCUCACGAGGCUUACAUAUACUGCAUGGCCAUUAAUCAGCACGGAAAGUUAUAUUCAAGCAGUUGUGACGGCCAGGUGCGCUUUAUGCUACCUCCUUAUGGAGACGAGGCAGUCCAGGAACUCUUUCGCUGUGACGACGCCAUCCAGGCCAUGUACUGUGAUGGAUCUGUGCUUUAUACGGGUGAUGACAAGGGCGUGGUGACCACCUGGAGCAACGACCGAAUGCUCUUUAAAUACAACCUGGUGGAGGAAGUCAAAUCGCUGGCUGGGGAGCAAAAGCUUAUUUAUACGGUUCGCGAUCUAGACGUGGUGAUUUCCCAGGUGACGGAGGGCAAGUCCGGAAAAUAUAGCAACAAAGCGGUGAUUGCAGGAAAGUCUCCGCUUCGUCUUCUUGGACCAAUUGUGAAUGGAAAGCGCAGCUUCCUUGCCUUUCCGGAUCGAUCUGGGAUGGGUCUACAACUGGUCAAUAAUUUGCCGCAGCAACAGUAUGCUCUAAUCUGGCACUUGCCGGAGUGCCACGAGUGGAUUGUAAAUGCCAUUAGCGGAGAUGAAGCCUUUCUGUACUCCGGAGGUUAUGAUAAAAAAGUCAAGGCAUGGACCGAUCUGGGAUCAAAACAGCCGAAAGCCUUAGGUGAAGUGGAUGUGGGUAGCUGGGUUAACAGCAUAUGCAUUGGCGACAACAACACAAUUUAUAUAGCGGGCAGUGAUGGUUUUAUACGCAGUGCAAAGUUUGUUUAGUUCGUUGUUUUUAAUCUUUGUAACCUUUUAAUGUUAAACAUAAUUUAUUAAAGACCAGAAUAAAAUUAGAUUCAUUUCA